AAUUGGCUUAUUUCUUUAACAUGGAAGAAGCACGUGCUUUUUAAGAAUUAUGUCUUUCAUGGCAUUAAAAGAAUUAGAGGAAAUUCAAUUGAAAAGGUACAUGAUUUUUACGUGUUAUUAAAAAAAUAUGUGCUUCUUACGAAUUAAGGAAAGCAUAAUACUGUUAUAAACUAUCAGCUUAGAGGAAAACAAUGUCCGGGCCAUUGCAGCGGGAGAGAGAAAGAUCGAGAGGUAUUACAAAAAUAGCUAGUUUUUCAUUCUGGUUUGGAAGAGUGGCAAAGGGCAAACAACACCAGCUUCUAAAUUCUAACUGCCCAAUUAAAUAGCAUCCUUUCAAAUUUCUGGUUGACCAAAUGGGGAACAACGAACAAGCAUAACAUAAAUCUACCAUGCAUAUAUACCUGCCACCUUGUGAGGAUCGAAGGUAAAACAGAAAAGAAAAAUAUAAAAAUAAUAAUAAGAGCAAAAAAAGGAACCAAAGGCCACGGCCAGGCAUCCUCUUCUUUGCGUCCGGUCCCCAUGGCAUUGCCACUGCACGCCCUCUUUGUUUCAUUGCUGCUGCUAAUUGCAUUGUCUGCUGAUCAUGCCCAUGCGGCUGUUGUACGACAUGGGCGUCAUCGUUGGCACAAGCGCCAUGCAGUGCGAGUAACAGGGAAACGCUUUCCUUUGAUCAAGCACCAUAGGCCCAAGUUCAAGCCUGGCCCCUGGAAGCAGGCUCAUGCAACCUUCUACGAAGGCGGCUCAGGAUCAUUUGGGGGAGCUUGUGGCUACGAAGACGUGGUCAACCAAGGGUACGGCCUCGACACAGCAGCACUAAGCACAGCGUUGUACAACAACGGGCAGAGCUGCGGUGCAUGCUACGAAAUCAAAUGUGCGAAUGACCCUCAAUGGUGCAAGCCAGGGCAGCCAUCUCUGUUUGUUACGGCAACCAACCACUGCCCUCCAAACUACAAUCUAGCUGGCGACAAUGGGGGAUGGUGCAACCCACCCAACGAGCAUUUCGAUAUUGCCCAGCCUGUGUUCAUCAAGAUUGCCGAAUACAAGGCUGGCAUUGUUCCAGUCCAAUACCGCAGGGUUCCAUGCAACAGGAAAGGAGGAAUUCGAUUUACCAUAACAGGGAAUCCGUACUUCAACCUAGUCUCAGUAUGGAAUGUUGGGGGAGCUGGAGAUGUGAUAGGGUUGCAAGUGAAGGGUCAUCGGAAGCUGAAAUGGACAGCAAUGAAGCGCAAUUGGGGUCAGAAGUGGGAAACCAAUGCAAUGAUGGUAGGGGAGUCACUGACCUUCCGAGUUAGGGCAAGCGAUGGGAGAUACUCAACCUCAUGGCACGUUGCCCCCAUUAAUUGGCAGUUCGGUCAGACUUUCCAAGGCAAGAACUUCAAGUAGAUCAAUACCUAAAACCAUAAUUAAUUUCACUUCGAUCUCUUUCUUUCUUCUUCAAGUUUGGUGUGUCCACUACUCUUAAUAUUUUCUGGCCAUAUAAAAAGGUUGUGCCUAGCUCAUAGUAUAUAUACGUACAAGGUGUUGUGCCGAGUUGAUUCUAAUAUAUAUAAUAUAUUAAAUGAUUAAUUAAACGAUUAUAUUUAUUCUUUUC